AUGGCGGAAGAAGAGUCGUUGGAAGACAAUAUUGCUGUGUUCAAGAAAAUUGUCUCAGAUUUGAAAAUGUUGGAGGUUAAGUACAAUGAAGAGGAUCUUGCCUUGAUCCUAUUAUGUUCGCUGUCUGGCUUUUAUGCGUCGUUUCGCGACACCAUUGAGAAGUUGAAACAUUUGGUUAGGGCUACAUCAAGGGAUGAAGAAACUCUUGUAUCUCAUGGUAAACGAAGGGGUAGAUUGAAGAAUAACAGGAAUUUGUUUUGCUUCUACUGCAAACUUAAGGGACAUUUUCGGAAGGAUUGUGAUAAGCUACAGGUUAAAGGUGAUUUAGCUGCAUAUCGUGGAGUGCAAUCGUCAACUUCAGACGAAACAAAUGCAGUUGAGAAUUUUUCAGAUGAAGGAUUGUGUUAA